AUGAUGUUCAUCCUACCAGGGCUCGUUAUAGCGUGCUUCUGUACAGGAAAUGGCGAGGCAAGUCAGGUGUCCGAAAUAAUGAUCGACGAACUCCUGUCAUCCUACAACAAGACGGUCCGUCCUGAUUCUUUGCUAGGGAAACCUACUACUAUCCAGGCUCAGUUCCAUGUCAACUCUAUUACGUCAAUCAGCGAUAAAACCAUGGAUUACAAUAUUGAUAUCUUCUUUCGACAAAAAUGGCGCGACCACCGCUUGGCUUUCAACAAAUCUUACGGCGACUCAGUAUCCCUUGGAUUUCAUCGGAUGAACCAGAUGUGGAGGCCAGAUACCGUGUUCCUCAACGCCAAGAGUGGAUACCAUCAUCACCUGACCGUCCCGAAUGAUCUGCUAACUCUGCAUCCUGAUGGCGUGUUAUUGAUAAGUCAGAGACUCUCCCUGAUACUAUCAUGCAACAUGCAUCUAUACUACUACCCGAUGGAUAAUCAAAGAUGCAGUGUCGUAAUUGGAAGUUUUGGCUACUCGUCCAGAGACCUCAUGUACGAUUUCAUGUCCGAUAACUCCAUCACUUACGAGGAAGACAUGCUGCUGCCGGAAUUCAUCAUCGAUAAGGAGCACGUGGAGCAACAUGCAGAACUUAUUCUGUACUCAACAGGAAAUUUCAGCGUUCUACGUUUCGUCUUCCCGAUGGAGCGUGAUAUCGGCACCUACAUCAUUCAGACCUACAUCCCAAGUAUCCUGAUCGUCGUUCUUUCUUGGGUAAACUUCUGGCUGGAUAUCAACGCAACGCCUGCGAGGAUUUCCCUCGGCCUCAUCACGGUGCUGACUAUCACGACCCAGAGCUCUGGUCUCCACACCCGGCUGCCCAAGGUCUCCUACAUCAAGGCUAUUGAUGUGUGGAUGUCGACGUGUUUAGUUUUCGUCUUCGGCGCGCUGUUGGAGUUUGCGGUGGCAAAUGUAAUGACAAGGAAGAUAGAGAAGAAGGCGAAGAAAAAGGCGGCUGCAUUUGAUCAUGUCCUGGCGAAUCCAUCCGUUCUUACUGCGGGGAAUCUCAGAAAAAACGAUAAUGGUAAUCUUUCGCGGGUUGAUACUGAUGUCGAAAUGGCCGACAGUCAAACUUAUCAAAGAAGAGACAAAUUCAGAUUUCCCCCGAAGAACAACAAGGCUAAGACACCUGCCGAAAAAUUUGUUGAAAAUAAGUAA